UGGAGGGCACUUCUCUUGAAGAAAAAAAUGGAUGCAUUGGUGUAUGGUUACUGCUGAGUCACAGCUUGAAGCAUUGAUUGAGCACCUGGGGAAAGGACCCCAUCAGUCCUGGGAGCACAGGUGAAGGCAAUUCAGCUGUGUGUCCAGAAGGGGUGGAGCCUGGCUGCACCUGCACCUCUCUUAGACCUCAUUUAAGGGCUGACUGUUGCUGGGGAAAGAUCUUUGGUUGGUAAUCCCUUCCUUCUGGAGUUUUCCUUGUGAGCCUAGAUCUUCAGAUAUGGGUGAAGUUCAGCUGAGUUUAAACUCUUUUGGCACUCCAUAAGCUGUGAAACAGAAGAAUGCAGAAGAGUAUCCCUUCCUUGCCUUUUAGUACAUGAAUGAUAAGAGCACAAGAUCAUUACUGCAAGUUUUCUGCGAAGAUGAGUUCGGAGGAGAAGAGUAUAUCUCCUGCUCACAAAACAUCCACUCCAUCACAUAGAAGUGCCUCCUGUUCAUCAUCGUCUCAGAGGGAUAGGAGACAGAGCAUUAAUAUUUUGGAACGGAAGGCUUCUUCGGGAAGCACAGACCCUUCCUUAAGCAAGCAGUUCCUUGAAACAGACCCUAUCUCUCUGUCCAAGGAGCCUGACAGUUGGGAAAUCAUAGAGGGUCUGAAAAUUGGCCAGACUCAUGUACAGAAGCCAGACAAACAUGAAGGCUUCAUGCUGAAAAAGAGAAAAUGGCCCUUAAAAGGUUGGCACAAGAGGUUUUUCGUCCUGGAUAAUGGACUAUUAAAAUAUUCAAAGUCACCAAUUGAUAUACAGAAGGGCAAAGUACAUGGAAGCAUUGAUGUAGGCUUAUCAGUUAUGUCCAUUAAGAAGAAGGCUCGCAGAAUAGAUCUUGAUACGGAAGAGCACAUUUAUCAUCUGAAGGUGAAGUCCCAGGAUACAUUUGAUGCAUGGGUUUCAAAAUUACGCCACCACCGGUUGUACCGUCAGAAUGAGAUUGUGAGAUCUCCGAGAGAUGCCAGCUUCCAUAUAUUCCCCUCAGCCUCUACUACAGAGUCUUCACCAGCUGCUAAUGUACCAGAUGGAAAGGUACAACAAAAUAGCUUCCCAUGGCAAUCUCCUAUACCUUGCAGUAACAGCCUUCCUGCAACCUGCACUACUGGGCAGAGUAAAGUAGCAGCCUGGUUGCAGGACUCAGAAGAGAUGGACAGAUGUGCAGAAGAUCUUGCUCAUUGUCAGUCAAACCUUGUGGAACUCAGUAAACUUCUUCAAAAUUUAGAAAUACUACAGAGAACUCAGUCUGCACCAAAUUUCACAGACAUGCAGGCUAACUGUGUAGAUAUUUCAAAGAAAGACAAGCGGGUCACAAGACGAUGGAGAACAAAAAGUGUCAGCAAAGAUGCAAAAAUUCAACUUCAGUCCAACUCUUCUGGAGAUAACAUUAGCGAAGUACCUAGCUAUAUAAGUCUCUGGCAUACACAGGAAGGGCCGGCACCGAAGGGCCAGUUCAGCACAACACGACGCCGGCAGAGACUAGCAGCUGCAGUGGCUACAACAGUCCCUUUUAGUGCCACAAUGUCCCCAGUUCGGCUGCAUUCGUCCAAUCCCAACCUUUGUGCAGAUAUUGAGUUCCAGACCCCCCCAAGCCAUGUAACAGAUCCUCUGGAGUGCUCUACAGAGUACAUGAAGCUUCAAGAAGAAUUCUGCCUGAUGGCGCAAAAAGUGCAUUCGCUUUUGAAGUCUGCCUUUAACAGCAUAGCUAUAGAGAAGGAGAAGCUUAAGCAGAUCGUCUCGGAACAGGAUCUUACAGGUCACAAUGCUCAAAUAGCACACCUCAGACAGUCCCUUUCUCAGGCUCUCAACCAGAAUGCUGAACUAAGGAGUCGCUUGAACAGAAUACAUUCAGAAUCUGUUAUUUGUGAUCAGGUUGUCAGUGUAAAUAUUAUCCCUAGCCCUGAUGAGACGGGUGAACAAAUUCAUGUCAGUUUGCCAUUGUCUCAGCAAGUUUCUAAUGAGAGCAGGCUCUCUAUGUCUGAAUCAGUGUCAGAGUUCUUUGAUGCACAGGAGGUACUUUUGUCUGCCAGCUCGUCAGAAAAUGAGGCUUCUGAUGAUGAAUCUUAUAUCAGUGAUGUGAGUGAUAAUAUAUCUGAGGACAACACCAGUGUUGCAGACAUUUCUCGGCAAAUUGUCAAUGGUGAACUAACUGGAGGAGCGUUCAGGAAUGGACGGCGAACUUGUCUCCCAGCUCCCAGCCCUGACACCAGUAACAUCAAUCUAUGGAAUAUUUUGAGAAAUAACAUUGGUAAAGAUCUUUCCAAAGUAUCCAUGCCAGUUGAGCUAAAUGAGCCUCUGAACACCUUGCAACAUCUUUGUGAAGAGUUGGAAUAUAGUGAACUCUUGGACAAGGCUGCUGAAACGGAUGAUCCUUAUGAACGCAUGGUUCUCAUAGCUGCUUUUGCAGCAUCAGGUUAUGCCUCUACGUAUUUCAGAGCAGGAAGCAAGCCGUUUAACCCUGUGCUUGGUGAAACUUAUGAAUGUAUUAGAGAAGACAAAGGAUUUCGAUUUUUCUCCGAGCAGGUUAGCCACCAUCCUCCCAUUUCAGCCUGCCACUGUGAAUCGAAGAACUUUGUGUUUUGGCAAGAUAUCAGGUGGAAAAACAAAUUUUGGGGGAAAUCAAUGGAAAUUCUUCCAGUUGGAACCUUGAAUGUGACUCUUCCAAAGUAUGGAGACUACUAUGUCUGGAACAAAGUCACUACUUGCAUACAUAAUAUCCUUAGUGGAAGGAGGUGGAUAGAACACUAUGGAGAGAUAACAAUCAGGAACACAAAAAGCAGCGUUUGUAUUUGUAAACUCACCUUUGUCAAGGUAAACUACUGGAAUUCAAAUGUAAAUGAAGUCCAGGGAGUUGUGAUAGAUCAAGAAGGGAAGGUAGUGCAUCGCCUCUUUGGAAAGUGGCACGAAGGUCUUUAUUGUGGUGUAGCACCUUCAGCCAAAUGCGUGUGGAGGCCAGGCUCCAUGCCAACCAACUAUGAACGGUAUUAUGGCUUCACAAGAUUUGCUAUUGAGCUCAAUGAAUUAGAUCCUGUACUGAAACAUCUUCUUCCAACAACAGAUGCACGAUUCAGGCCGGAUCAAAGGCUUUUAGAGGAAGGAAAUAUAGAAGCAGCAGCAUCAGAGAAGCAAAGAAUAGAAGAACUCCAGAGAAGUCGGAGGCGGUACAUGGAAGAAAACAGCAUUGAAUAUGUACCCAAGUUUUUUAAAAAAGUUAUUGAUGCUAAUCAAAGAGAAGCCUGGGUUACCAAUGAAACCUACUGGGAACUGCGAAAGGAUCCGGGAUUUAGUAAAGUAGAAAUUCCUGUACUCUGGUAAACUGAGAAUGUAGAUCUAGUAAACAUAUCAACUCUCUGAAGAAAAAAAUAACUAUGCACAAUAUGUUUCUUAUAGAUAAGUGUGGUUUGUGGGUCUAUGGAAAAACCUAUCAUUUGCAUUUAUUUUCAUCUUUAUAAUGGACUUUUGAAAGUGCAUUAGACCAGGCCCCUGACCACUUCUGGAUCUUUUUAAUUUUGCAGCAGCCAUUAAAAAUAAAAAAAAAGAAAAAAAAAGAAAGAAAAAGGAACAAAUAAAAACCUUUUGAAGUUUCAUACAAUGAAAAUUCAGAAGAGAAGCAGAUGAGUUAUCCAAAGUCACGUGGAGGAGGCGGUAAAUACAAAACUGCAAUCGGUGCUUUAAACAGACAUUAAGAGUAAUGUAAUUUAAAUUAAAAGAAAAAAAGGAAGAAAAACAGAAAAAAAUCCAUUUUGUUUCAACUAUUUUUGUUAAAAUCUUUUGAGUCAUCACACUGUCAUUUCUGGCUUCAGGUUAGUCCUUUGGUGUCCUGUGCUUGGACUGGGCCUUGUCAAAACAUGCUUUUCUGAAAGCUGUUCCCAUUCAUAUGCCAUUGUUCAUGCCUUAAAGAAAAUACCAAGAUGUACAGUAAGUCAUUUUAAAAUAUAUAUGCUUAGGCUUGUGUGAAGGGCAGAUUUUUAAAGCACUAGGAUUUUAUCGUGAUAUAAAUAUUGGAGAACCUGUAUUAUUUAAAAUCAAAAGACAGCCAAACAUCUAACUGUAUUUCAGAGGAACAAGAUCUACUGUACAUGCUUUAGCUAUUGGGAGCUGACUGUAUAAUCAGACUAAAAAGAAGCUGCUAAUGAGUUAAAAUUGAGGCUAUUUUGGUAAAUGCAUAUGAGUGGCUAGUCAGAAAAUUCAUAUUUUAAGUGGCUAAUGUUCAGAUGCAUUUGUUGCUUUUACCACUGAGCGAACAUGGUCUUGCAGCAAAUUCAUUUCCCUAUAAUUGCUUAUGCAAUUAGGAUUCCCUGAAGCUUUGCAACAGUGUUAAAGCACAGAAAGAUUUCAUGGGAAAGUCUCUGGCUUCGCUCCAGAGGUUGGAUCGUACCAUAAAUGAAAUGUGAUAGUUUUUUCCACACAUGCUGUUUACUGGCUCUGUUCUUUCCCCAGCCACUUAUUGCAUCUAAAUUUAUAUCUGAGAGUAGGGCAGAAGCUCCUGUGCUUUGUAGCUACCUUCUGCUACUCGUGUUGCCAAAAUAGCUUUUGUGCAAAAUUAUAUUUUACAGUUUUUCUGAAAGUGACUCUAUAUUUUUGAUUAAGAACCAAGACUCUUACAUAUUGGUAAGCCUCAGUAGAUGUAUGUAGGAGAUGGUUUGGCACUUUCUGAAUGAAAAUCUCUGAAACACUGAACAGUAGUAGGGCAGAUUUUAAAAGAAAAAGCAUAAUUUUAUUUGGUAAAAUGUGCAUUCCAUAUGGUAUGAUCUAGUUUUUCAUUUAUAUGUGUAUUACACAUCCACUUACUGAUGCCAGGUUAGAUUUCAUAAGUAGACUCUGUAUUACUUUCUGCAUGUAAACAGCAUACAUAAUGCAUACAAUUUUUCCUAUUUAAAAUUGAUUCCAAUAAUGAGACCUAAAAAAAAAAAAAUUUGCUUACUAUGUGACUGCCAGAAAUGCUACAAGGACAGCUGUCAGUGCAAUACAAUAUGUACCUAUUCCUCCCCCUGCCUCUUGCUUUUGCAGAGCUGACAUCAGUUUGAUUACUUAAUAUGCGUUUAGUUCUUCCCUUUGUUUAUAAAGCAGAACAAUUGGCUACUAAUGAAUCCCAGUUUCUUCAUCUUACCAGGAAGAAAUAUGAAAACCUGAAUAAAAUAUUAAGUUGAAUUUUAAAGAAUUAUGAAUACUUGGUAUAAAAAAACCCUGCAGAUUACCGGGAUUUCUUCCAAAGAAAAAUUUUAAUUAAUGAAUGAUGUAAUUUUCUUUUUUACUUCAGCAGAACUGGAUUUCUUCUUUUUUGUGUUCUACAUUUGUUAUUACAAAAAAAUUAAGAUAUAUAAAGGUUUGGGUUUUUUUAAUUGUAUUUGUUUGACUUCAACAUACUUGCUCUAAUGGUGUUAUGCUACAAAACAAAUUGGCACACUAUGUGCAAAAUAGUGAUUGAUUAUACUGAGUCACUUUUUAAAAUGAAAUAUACUAUUAAGCAUUUGCCCAUCUCAUGCUUCAGUCUCUGUGCAGUUUGCUGCAGCAUUGGAAAGUAUUAUGUAUGCAUAUCUGCAGGUAUAUUUGAGGGACAGAACUUACGUCCUCUUUUGUUUUUUGAGUUUUUUCUGUAUUUAAAUUAAAAAAGAAAAGGUAUUUAGUUUUAUGGUGUUCUGAUAGUGUUUCAUGAAUAGCAUUCCUUGCAAUGCAAACUUGGUUAACACUGAAGAUGCUAUCACUUAAUUAUUCUUUUGCAAUUGUUUAUCUGAUACUCAUUGUAAGAAAAUUAGCAUUCAAUUUUUUAGAGUUAAAAAAAUGGUACACUAAAUCUUUCUACUGAAGGCACUCUUUGAACCUAUGGAGUAUUAAUUUAACUGAAUGUUAAACUAGUUAACUAGUAACUAAAGGAAUUACAAAGCGUUGCAGGAUUUCUUCUGUCUUUAUUAGAAUCCUAACAGUGCCAGCAGGUGUGCCAUAAGCUGUUUCCUACAGUACAGAAUUCUCUGUGCUCUGUGAAAAAAAUCUAAUUUUUCCUGCAAACUUGAUUGGACACUGUGACAACAUGUUGGGUUGUGGUAUGUUUCUUUGCCCAGGUCGUUGAUGAGAUAUUCAUCUAUGUGCACUGCAAAUUGACCCCUCUUUGCAGGCUGCCAGCAGGGUCUUAGCCGCUGGUUGGUCCCUUCAAGCCUGAGGAUUUGGGCAGUUUCCAGCCCACCUUGUUCCAUUCAGCCGGGCAAUGCUUCCUUUACAAGGGCAUAAAAGGUACUUACCUGCUAGGCAGAUUUAAUUGCUACAGAUUUGGUUUGUGAUGAAAAUCAAUGUCAAUCAUUUCACAUUUUAGAAACAGGAGUUCAGCUUUCAAUAUAAAGAUGUUUCCCUUGCUUUUUCUUGUUUUCUUUAAAUACUUCUAUGUAAAGUAAUCAGCCCUUAAGCUUCAGUUCUGCAGUAGUGAAAUGUACUGUCAAUUAAUACUUUAAAGUGUACUUCAUUUUCUUCCUUGUUCUGAUACUGUGGAUAUGAUAGGGCAACGAUAGCUAUGUCCUUCAAAAGCUGUGUGAUCUUACAAAGACUUCAAUAACUACAUUCCUAUAUUAGAUGCAUAUUAACAAGAUAGCAGAUUUUCCUGCUUAUUAGAAACUGUUACCUUGCUGGAAAUAACAUUUGAAUAUGAGUUGAUUUUCAUAGUAUCACUGUGAUUAAAAUGUCACAUCAGCACUCAUUCUAAUUUUAGAUGCAGGUUGCAUGAAGUAAAUAUUUUUGUGUUAGAUCGUUCUAUAAUACUCUGGUCAUCUCACAAAUACAGUCACACCUUUUUGUAUCAUUUUUUUCCCCCUAAUUUUGAACUUAUGAAUCUGAAUGAGCAUUUAUGACAUUUGUGAGUUUUGCUUGAACAGCAGGUGCCAGGCAGAUGUGAAGUGCUGCAGGACAUACAUACCAGCAUUGGUCCUGCCCUUCCAUGUGAGGAUUUGCACCCCAGCCAUGCAUUCCUGCUCAUUGCGUUCCUUUCCCCACCCAAAAUUGGAUCUUUAGGAUAGUUUGGGAGGAAGGAGAGCUUCACUUGCAAAUGCACAGUAACUGAGAGGGCUGGAUAUUCUUUUUCUUUUCGCGAGUUUAAAAAAAAAAAAAAACCCUUCCUUUAGCUAUCAAAGCUUGGUUAGUAUGUUGCCUUUGUUUUAUAGGAUUUUGAAUUGUUUGCUGCAUAGAUGGGCACUGACUGUUUUAAAUGCCGUUGGCUGCAAUAGUCUGAGGAAUUAACUCUAUUGUAGUUGUCCCUACUAAUUCUGGAUUUGCAAAAUGAAAGCAAAUGAAGAAUUUUUAGAUUAAAUGUAAAGAAAAAGGGUAUUUUUAUUCAUAUGCUGAAAUUGAGGGGUUAUAUUGAAGAGAGUUUGGUUCAGCUAUGGGAAAAAGAUAUUCACAGAAUUGUGUGGGGAAAAAAAACAAACGCUGGAACAUCCUCACCUGUCAGCAUGUAUUAUACAGACUCCUUGGAGAAGGCUAAAAGAUUGGUAUGUCUUAACUACUUAUCUGAGCAGCUAUUGGGGCUGCUAUCUAGCAUUUUCAUCUUGGAUGUCAUUAAGUAAUGCUCCUCAAAAUUGAACAUAUAUUGCUGGGAGUCAAGGUGGUCAGAGAUACAGUUGCAACUAUUUCUUUCGUUGUUGUUAAUCUGCUCAAAAUUCUAAAGGAACAUUCAGUAUAAAACUAUUUCUGUGUUUCUGUACUUUCUACUUCAUCAAUCCUGAUUAGUUUUAUUAUGAUUCUGGUAUCACUCAGAAGAUAAGUUUCAUGGAGAAAGGAUGUGUUUUUUCCUGUUCGUUUUUGUUCCUGUUUAAUUGUUUUUUGUUUUGUUUUAGAGAGAAGAAUCUAGACUGUGCUAAUUAAAAUUUAAUUAUUAAUAAGGAGAAUAUCUCCCUAAAAUCUCUUUGCACUCCCUCAGAACAGGGUAUGGCACCACAGGAAUGUUAUAAAUCUCAUUAAGUUAAAACAAAGAAAAGGCUUAUUUACAGCAGUUGAUUUUAUUUUUUGCAUUAUGCAGUGUAAAGGGUCUAAUCACAAAAGUUCUUUAAACUUGAGCAUAUAGAACCUUUUGUUGAGUAUCUUGGUGUACAUUCCAUCCUUCUUCCGCUGACUUGAGGAGCCUCUUUAUAAAAACCUCCUUAGGGGAAUUUCUAUAUGGCAUCUUGCAAGUUUAAAAAGCGUCAGAAAGAAAUUGAUCCUUAGGUGUUUUAUAUAUAUAUAUAUAUACAUCCCUCUUUUGUCAGGUUUUUUUCUAAUAUUAAACCCACUAUGUCUUUUUCCCCUUGUGAUCUCUGACAAACUUCAGAAGGGAGAGACUACAAUGGAGAGCAGUGGAACCAGAGACAUCAGUUCUGUCAGCGGCAUCCUUGUAGCAGAACAGAAAAAAUUCAAGCAUCUGCAGAUUAAAAUGUCAUAGCAGCUGUUAAAUCUGUUUCAGGCAGGUUGUUAAUACCAUUUCUCUUUCUAGUGUUCCAUGACAGUAUGAGAAAAGGGAGGAUUGGUGACAUUUGCUCAGAAUUGAUUCUGAAGGUAAAAAGAAAUUUUAUUCCAUUUAUAAAUAAAAGUGACUGUAGGCAAUAUUUGUCUGAAGUGAUAUUGGUAACAUGGACAAAAGAGUUAGAGAUUUUAUAAAUACGGAAAUCAAAAAGUUGGGAUAUAUAUGCACCACUCAGCAGUGUGUAAUAUAUUCUGUCCUGAGCUAUGAAUAGUAAGGAUACCUAUUCAUAUCCCUGGAGCCAUGAACCACAUGUUGUCUCCCAUGAAACACUAAAAAAAACAUUUCCAUGUUUACUGCUAAUCUAAUGAUCUGUGUUCAUGGAUGAGGCAUAUCUUAUGCUAAGCUAUAAUCUUGCUGUCACAAACUAUUAGGAAUGCAAAAUGGGAAGAGGUAAGCAGUCUUUCAAAAUGGUGGAGGUGGAUGAUUUAAUUGUUUGUACUCUAGGCAUCCUCAUGAUAAAAGCGUUACGCAAAUAUUCAAACAGAGCAAUUCUUCCUUGUGCCAGUCAGUUUAGCCACAAAUGCAACAUCUUUUUUCUGGAACUGUUUUACUAUUUGUGAUUGCAUGUCUGGCAGCUGGAGUCUGUUGGGCUGGUUUCUCAUGUCCACUGAGAACAGUCAGAAGCAGUCGGACUGGAAAUUCAGAUUUCUUUUCUCGUAAUUGUCUGUUCCUUUAUCUCAUAGUCCUCUACCUUUUGUAAAUUUACUUCAACAGGAAUAUUACAAUAGCAUUUUAAAAGUUCAGUUUGGAUUAACCCAUCAGUAUUUUGUGGGUGAAGGAGAAUUCAGGAUACGUUUCUUAACUAUGUUGAAUAAAUCAAGUGAUACAAAAUUAUCAUUGUAUUUGCCUAAUAUUUAACAUACAUAUUUGGAGAUCAAAUCAUCAAUAAUGAAAUGGUACAUAAAAAUUUAAAAUCUGCAUUUUCACCCAUCUUAAAGGUGAAGAUUAUCAUUCUAACAUAAGGUGUAUUCCGUUCUUCAAAGAAAUGUGGAUGGUAUUCAUUGGAGGCUUGCAUUUAUCAUAAGAAAUUCACAUCAGAAUAAAUUUUAUAUUCAGCUGAGUCUCAUCUAAGAUGUGACUAGGAACUGAGAAAUGUUGAUGAAUAUAUUCUGGUUUGCAGGCGUAAAUGCAAAGAUUGCAAUUAAUAGCUUAGUUAAGCUUUUGCUAUAAUUAACAAAAGCUCUGUUCUUUUUGUCGACUAAUUAUUUUCAAACAUUUAUUCCUUACCAAUGACUAAUUGCAUAUCAGGUUUGAGUUUUGAAAAUGAAAUGGUGUUUGCAGCUCCACAGACAAAGGAUGGUUCUUCUCGCGUGUAUUUUGUUCAGGUCUUUUACUUUUCCACUAAGAUGUUGCUUGGACCAAAAAGAAAUGUUAGUGGGUUUUUCUGGAUGAGAAUCUUCCUUUGUGUAUUGACUUGUAUCUGUAGUAAGUGAGAAAGCAAGGUGUUAGCAUUUGAUGUCUGAAUUCUUUUCCUUCAGUAAAAUGUGUAAGGAACUGCUUGCUCUUUAACAGUUACUACUAGUUGACUGGAGCAGAUGCUUUGCUUAGCCUAUGAGAAGACAUUAAACUACUGUGGCAUCCAGAGAGAUCAUUAUGAUAGUUCUGUAUUAGGAGAUUAGGUAUAUCUGCUUUGUUGUAACCAGUAGCAAGCUUUCUUAUUUGGGUCUGUGUCGAUUGCCCUUUGUAUGAUUAUAAUUGUAAUUUCUUAGCAUUUCAACAGAGAACUGUGUAUUUUCUCUCAUUGUUUUCCACAGUUGAUACAAAUUGGAAAUAACAUAGCACUUUUUUGCUGUAAUGAAUUCCAGUACUUGCAGAUUGCUCACACUGAGAAUGCCAUUAGAGAAGUAAGGAUUAGAUUAGCUGCCAAUUUCACAUUGCUUUCUGAGCUUCGUUACUCUUAGCAGCAUUUACUUUCAAAUGGGAAGCAGCCCAGCAACAGCGAACAAAAAUGUAAAAAGAAUAGCUAGAAGGGCAUUAUUUGCUAAAUUUCCAUAUCCCUGCACCUACUUGAGGAAAAAAAAAUCUUUUUUUUUUUUUUUUUUUUUUACACCUUUAUGUAAUAUCCUUGUGAACAGAUGUCCUUGGAGUCUUUCUACUGUGGUUAAACUGUUGUGCUAGUUAGAAAUGUUUUCAGAAUUUUUUUUUUUUUAAGAUGAAUUUUAAAGGCAAAUCGUUGCUUUCUAGGAAACCCAACAUACAGAGUCAUUGCUAUAUUUAAGUACUGCAGACUGUGACUUUAUUUUGACUCGACUGUAACUGCGGAGGGUCUGUGUACCUUGAUGCACCAGACAAAAAUUUGUUGUUUGAAAGGAAUAGAGAAGUGUUACGUGGAAAAAAAAAAAGAAAGCAAGAA